AUUGAGCGUAUUGAUCAAUUCUUCUCUGCUGGAGGUUUCCGCCACGUCAUGUUUUAUUAUCAAGACAUGGAGGGACCAGAAAUAGGACAUGAAAGUUCAACCGGAACUAAUCCUGUUUCUGCUAAAGGCAAAAAGACCAAAUUAUUUGUGACCGAGGGAGAUGAUGUCGCUUUAACUGGUAUAUGUGUGUUCUUCAUUAGAACUAAUCCUUCUAAAGCAAUUAAUGCUGACAAUAUUCAUCGUGUAAGUUUUUUCUAUAUGUAUCUUUGGUCACUUGAUUAUAAGAAAUUGUAGCAUUGCCUGUGGUCAUCCGUUGUCUUGUCAAUCAUAUAAAUUGCAAUUAGCAAUAUAAUUUAUGUCUA